CUUCUUUUAACAGUGAAUAUUCAAGAUGAAAAAUCUAUUAUUUUUAAUGAUAUAUUUGUGUCUAUAUGACAUAAUUCUUGCAUCUUCGGAAUAUCCGAAAAGUUUUACGGCGGCGUCCGGUGAUGACUCUGGUUCUGGAGAAUAUGGGAGUGCUGGAUACAGAUCAGGGACACCGACAUCAGAUACUAUACUACAUGAAAUAACAGUAACAAGUGGCAACAAAAAAGAAGUAGCAACCACGCAAGCAACGAUUCCUGAUGAAAAUGAUCCCAACUGCAUUUCUGGUGAACUGUGUGGCAUCACACUAUCCCCUUUUCCAACCAAAGUGUUAGAUAUUGAUUUGGAUGAAGACUCAAGUACGUUCGAAGAAAAUACUGUAACAGAAGUAAAUAAUUGCAAACUCUCCAAUAUCGCGAUAAAUAAACGAUUGCGGCAAAUUGAAAUUGAGCAAAAAUUGCAGAACUCACGAAGUCAAUUUUAUUUUACGAAAAUAUUAGAAAAACUAGAACAGAUUGAAAUGAGAAGCAUAUCAGAAGGCCUAACAAAGGAAAAAUAUGAUCGAAAAAUGUCCACGUUUGAGAAUCAAGUUGAAAACAUUUACAAAGUUCAGGGCGAAAGUAAAUCAAAUUUGCAAAAGAUAAUAUCAUCGAUAAAUGAUUUGAAAGAAAGAGAUGAAAAAUAUAGAAAGGAAAGUGAGGAAACACAGAAUUCUGAAUUGAACAGUGAUGAACAAUAUUCGACAAUUGCUAACAAGAGCUACAUUGAUGUAAAAUUCCUUGAAAUGAAAAGAUUCAUCAACGAAAGCAGUGAUGUCAUGGAACGGAAAUUUGCUAAAAAAUUAGAGUCGACAUUAGGAAUAUUUCGCAAAAGUGUCGAAGAAGCAAAGGCGCUACAAGAAGAUGCCCCGAAUGAAGCCCGAACCAUAAACGAAAAUGGCAGUUUCGAAUUAGAAAAUUCGACAGACGAAACACCGAUGAACGACAAUGAAAAUCAAAAGAAUGACGAAUUGGACUCAAAAGGAUCCGAUUAUGCUAAAGUAACACUGUGCAAAACUUGUUGCCAAGAAGUUCCAUUAUCUGAAUUUCUGGAGUCGCAGAAUAAUCAGGGACAAUUUGGAUACGUAAAUAAUGCCCAUAAUGGUCGAUAUCCCGGACAGAUCGCGUACGCUAGUUUGUCAGAAAUACGUCAACAACCGGUUGACGACAGAGACAGAUUUCAAGAUGAAUUUGAUAUUGACCCCAAUCUAGAACAAGCAGAUGCAACAGAGAUGACUCCAACAACUGCCAGAAUUCCACUAGAUUCCGAAAUCGUGCUCACAACAGGGCAAACUACGACAGAAUAUACACAUCUAACGACUAUAACAUCCCGUCCAACCGUUGAAUUUGAAAAGACGGUGGCACCAGCAUUACUGCAUCAAACUACAUCUAUAUCUCAAAUCGAAGAACAACAAAGUUUACAAAACAAAUCAAGUAACACGAGACCGACUACUACAUUAUUUACAUUUUUAUCCUCCUUGUAUAGCAAAAUCGCUCAAGAAGGCAAAAACUCGACUGAGAAUCAUGAAAUAAUUGCCAGACGUAAAUACGAGGAAAAUAGAAUGGAAUAUCAGGAUGUUCCGGAAGGAAAACAAAUUUCAGUGACAACUUUUGACACGACAUUAGCUGCAGAAACUCUCACAACGCCAACAACGAAAAUGCCAACUCCAAAGCCUGAAAAGCACGUGAUCCCAACCACAUGCGCAGAAAUUUAUCGCCGCGGUCAGCGAAGAAGCGGAGUUUACAAAAUCGGUCCUCCGUCCGGACAAUCUUUCAAUGUUUUUUGCGAUAUGGAAACUGAUGGUGGCGGAUGGACUGUAAUACAGAGAAGACUUGUUGGUGAUGUAAACUUUACUCGUGGCUGGGAAGAUUAUAAAAACGGUUUUGGUUUUGUCAAUGGCGAUUACUGGAUUGGAUUAGAACAAAUGCAUUUGCUCACAACGGGCAGUAACAGGCAAAAAACGAAAAUGUCACUUCGUGUCGAUUUGAAAGAUUGGUCUGACGUCUCACAGUUUGCUUAUUAUAAAGUAUUCCGUGUUUCAAAUGAAGAGAAAAAUUAUCGACUCUUUGUAAAAAAUUAUCAUGGAAAUGCUGGAAACGCACUGCAAUAUGGUGAGAGCUAUAAUCACAAUGGGCAAGGUUUCACAACCAAUGAUCGAGACAAUGACGGUUAUACUCAUGGUAACUGCGGCCAAUAUUACAGUUCGGGAUGGUGGUACAAUGCUUGUUUUGCUGCCAAUUUGAAUGGAAAAUAUUACAAAGGAAAUUAUCGUGGAAUUCAGGACGGAAUAUAUUGGGGAACCUGGUAUAGACUUAACGACGCAGCUACAGACUCGAGACAUUCAUUUAAAUAUGUCGACAUGAAAAUUAGACCGAGCAACUUUCUUUCGUCCACCCGCAGAAAAAAUAAAUGACAUUAACCGACAUUUUCUAUGUUAUUCUCAUUUAUAUAUUUAGGAUGUUUCUAGAACGUUAUCAUAAGACUUGUAUUCAACAGAUACAAAAAUAUAUUUGAUUUUGUUAUUAUUUUACUUUUGGUUUGGUAUAUUUUGGUAUAUGUUUAGUAUUAACAUGGUUUAUCAGCAUUAUUUACAUGUGAAACUAUUGCUACAAUUAAGCUAAAUUUCCAAAAUAUACAAACUCAUUAUAGAGAUAUAAAACUCAUAAUGUGAUUUGAAACGCCUAUAUGAUGUUAUACAUUUACUAAGAAUUCAAAUAUGGAAUUGAACACACACUUAUAAUUUUAUUUAUUCAGUAUUACAUACUGCUAUAUAUUUAUUUAAUCUUGUGAUGUAAGACAUGAAAAUAAUACAAAUUAGAAAGUAAGUAGCUUCCAAUUUUAUGCAAUUCUUGACAUUCCUGUUUCUACAAUUUAAAUUAUUGUUUAUUGCUACUGCUACUUGUAAUACGGAGCUUAUAAAACAUAAUACCAUUUAUUGAAAUAAAUGUUCUUGUCAACAAAAUUUGAUUGAGAAAACUCGAACUAAGACAUUGAACCUAAUUUCUAAAUGCGGACUAAUAUGAAACUUUACUACAAUUUGAAUCACUUUUUAUUCAGCCAUUUUCCAAUCUUCUGGGCUACUGAUAGCUUUUUCUUCGUUGUGUUAUUUUCCAGUUCCCACAAGCUUUCUCUCGUAUCCGCGAUUGUUUUGUUUUUCUCAUCACACUUUUUCCAAUCUGUAGCUUUCUGAAAAGCAUGUAUUGCCGCAUUGAACUUUUCUAUUGCGACUUCUUUCUUUCCUAUUUCUGCGUAUAAAGUUGCUAAAAGUUUAAUACAUCCACCGUACAGUCGGAAGUUUUCA